AUGAUUGAGGUUGUUUUGCCCUCCCUUGAGAAGCAACUACCUGAACCAAUCGCCAGUAAUGAAAUUGUAGAUAAUGCAAUUCAGCAUUGGGUACAAAAUUACAACAAUAUCCCACAUUUCGAUCUUCCAUUAAAGCCUGGAACAAGUGGCCACUACACUCCUCAAGAAAUGUAUGACUUGGGACCAGCUUACCGAAAGUUUCACCAGCAAAUGUUUAAAUUUGCAGAAACAACGAAUAGGUUGAGAUCCCAUUGA